CACCAGUUUGCGAGUGGCAUGGCUGCCUCCACGGCUUCCCCUGCAGCUAAUCCUGCGAGGUAGUUCUGGCUGUCUCCGGGGUCCUGCGCCGGCCGCCAGAUUUUUCGGGUCCGUUGUCCUGGUCUGUUGGGCUGCAGGGCUCUCUGUCUGAGGAGAAUGGAUUCUUUGGAUACAUGGGACUUCUCCUCACCUUUAAUAUCAUUAUGGAUAAACAGGUUUUACAUAUAUUUGGGCUUUGCCUUUGGAAUUAGCUUUUGGAUUUGCUUCCAGAUUGUCAUCAGGAAGCAGUCACUUGUCUUCAAGGAUAACCCCCAGAAGUGUGUCCCAAAAGCAACCCAGAAUUUGACAACAAAUGGGUAUAUCUCUCUGCAAAAGAAGGAUGUGUUUGUGUCUGGAGUGAAGAUUUUUUAUGGUUCCCAGACUGGCACAGCAAAGGGAUUUGCAACAGUUCUUGCUGAGGAAGUUAGUUCCCUAGAUCUACCUGUGGCAGUUAUUAAUCUGAAAGAAUAUGAUCCAGAUGAUCAUCUAGCAGAAGAGGUUACUAGUAAAAAUGUUUGUGCCUUCCUGGUGGCUACAUACACUGAUGGCCGGCCAACCGAGAGUGCGGAAUGGUUCUGCAGAUGGUUAGAGGACGCAGCCAAGGAUUUUCGAUUUGGCAAAACUUACCUGAAGGGUAUGAGAUACGCAGUGUUUGGCCUGGGAAAUUCUGCCUAUGUGAGCCACUUCAACAAGGUUGGCAAAAAUGUUGAUAAGUGGCUCUGGAUGCUUGGGGCUCAUAGAGUGAUGUCUCGAGGGGAAGGCGACUGUGAUGUGGUUAAAAGCAAACAUGGCAGCAUUGAAGCUGACUUCAGAGCUUGGAAGACCAAAUUCAUCUCCCGGCUACAGGUGCUUUGUAAGGGAGAGAAAAAAUCCUGUGGUGGCAACUGCAAGAAAGGCAAAUGUAAAUCUAAUCAGCAUGGCUCGGAGGCAUUGGAGCCAGGGUCCCCCGCUCAGGAAGGACAGCGUCACAGAGACACUGAGGAGGAGGAGCCCUCUGAGAGUACCAGUGAGGAAGAAUCUGGUACUGAAGACCACCCGAGUCUAAAUUCUGUUGUUGAUGUUGAGGACCUCGGCAAGAUUAUGAAUCAUGUGAAGAAAGAAAAGAGAGAAACAGAGCAACAGGAAGAGAAAACUAGUUUGUUUAGGAAUUCAGUGAAGAAAGAAGCCAGUGAAAGAAGAGCUAUGAUAACUCCCGCUCUCCGAGAGGCCCUCACUAAACAAGGUUAUCAGUUGAUUGGGAGCCACUCAGGGGUGAAGCUUUGCAGGUGGACAAAGUCAAUGCUUCGAGGGAGAGGAGGUUGCUAUAAGCAUACAUUCUAUGGCAUUGAAAGCCAUCGUUGCAUGGAAACCACCCCAAGUUUGGCCUGUGCAAAUAAAUGUGUCUUCUGUUGGCGGCACCAUACUAAUCCUGUGGGUACCGAGUGGCGGUGGAAGAUGGACCAGCCUGAAAUGAUCUUAAAAGAAGCCAUUGAAAAUCAUCAGAGCAUGAUCAAGCAGUUUAAAGGAGUACCAGGUGUCAAAGAAGAACGUUUUGAAGAGGGAAUGACAGUGAAGCACUGUGCAUUGUCCCUAGUGGGAGAACCCAUAAUGUACCCAGAAAUCAACAGGUUUUUGAAGCUACUGCAUGAGUAUAAAAUCUCUAGUUUCUUGGUCACAAAUGCACAGUUCCCUGUAGAAAUCAGGAACCUCAAGCCAGUUACCCAGCUAUAUGUCAGUGUGGAUGCUAGCACCAAAGAUAGCCUGAAGAAAAUCGACCGCCCGCUUUUCAAGGAUUUCUGGCAAAGAUUCCUCGACAGUUUAAAAGCCCUUGCAGAAAAGCAACAGCGGACUGUCUACAGACUGACUCUGGUGAAAGCCUGGAAUGUGGAUGAGCUCCAGGCCUAUGCUGAGCUGGUGUCCCUAGGAAAUCCUGAUUUCAUUGAAGUGAAGGGUGUCACCUACUGUGGCGAGAGCUCAGCAAGCAGCCUUACCAUGGCCAACGUGCCCUGGCAUGAGGAAGUGGUGCGGUUUGUCCAUGAGUUGGUGGAUCUCAUCCCUGACUAUGAAAUUGCUUGUGAACAUGAACAUUCCAAUUGCCUGCUCAUAGCCCACAAAAAGUUUAAGAUUGAUAGGGAAUGGUGGACAUGGAUUGAUUAUCACCGCUUCCAGAAGCUCAUCCAGGACUAUGAAGACAGUGGUGGAUCAAAAACUUUCAGUGCAAAGGAUUAUAUGGCCAAAACUCCUGCCUGGGCAUUAUUUGGUGCCAAUGAAAGAGGCUUUGAUCCCAAGGAUACUAGAUAUCAGAGAAAGAGCAAAUCAAAGGAUAUUUCCGGAUGUUGAGGUUAUCAGAUUUUAGGCUGCUGAAGGACAAAAACUGAUGGCCUCAGAAGAUUCUUGUACUCUACUGUGAAUUUUCCAAGGGCAGAUUACACAAAUUGUAUUUCACAUGGAAGAGACUGUAAGACAGAAUUUGAGGACACAAAUCACAUCCCUAGUCCUGGGGAACAUCACUUGUACUUUGAGGACUCAAAGUUCAGCAUUUCUUUCUAGAACUCAUUCCCUUUCCUGAUUUUACUCCUGAGAGGAAAGUCCUUUGGGGAGGAGGUACAUAACCAUUAGUAGGAAAUAACUGAUAGAUUUAAAUUGUAAGGACUAAGACUCCGUAGGAUGCUAACAUGAGACUGUUACACUUAAGGAGUAUCAGUUCCCCUUCCCCUUGUGGGCUCUGUACUACCUGAGCUAGGAUUUGUACUACCCUGAGGUAAGUGUAUUGUUCCAUCCCUCUCUUAUAUAUUCAUAUAAAACCUAAAAGUAGUUUAAAUCGUCCUAAUUCUUUAUUUUUAAAUACUGCAUAGAUUAUUAUGAAUUUUUGCUUGAUGUCAACCCUUUAUGAAAUAGACUUACAUCUAAAACUCCAGUAGAGCUCAUUCUGUUCCCACAGAAUUGCCAUAGAAAGUAAUGUGCGGGCUGGAUUAGAUGUGAGAUCCCAUCCAUCUAAAACACAACUAUGUGAACCAAUGUUAACUCAAUUAAAAAUGAAGAGUAAUACAUUUGAAAAAAGAAAAAAUGUACAUUGAGGGAAUUAAAAAAGAAAAAAGCUCUUUUCAUAAGAGGACUUGCCAUAUACUGUCACUGACAAGUUAGUCUCAUGACCGCAACUUGAGCCAGUCCAGUCUGCCUCCUGUCCGUGGGGUCGGCCUGGAAGCCGUCCAUCGCUGCGUGCACAAGGCUCUCCAGCCUCUCUCCCCUGCUUGCUGUGGAGCUACCUUAUACAGUGUGUUCUUUGAAGCUUCAGUUUCUUCUAAUCGAGAACAUCAUUAGAUACUCAAUAGUUUUUUUUUUUAAAGUAUCAUAGUUAUUUUUUAAAUUCCU